GUUUACAUAAGUCCUAAAUAUUUGUCGUAAUGCUACAUUAGAUAAUUCUAUUUUUCUCUAUGAUAAUUAUUAGUAAUUACUACUGUGUUCUAAUGAAGACUGUGAUGUUUUCUUAUUGAAAGUCUGCUGUAAUUUAUUAAGCAACAUUGAACAUGCUUCGCAAUAACAGAUACUGUGUUCUUGUGAAGAGUUGUAAACUUCAACGACAUAAACAUACAAGCAAACUAGAUGCCAUCAGAGAGAAACUCCGAGAAGGCCCCAGUCUAGCAGAUUUUGUUUCUGAAGACCGACCCAAAGACUGGCAAGAAUAUGAAGGGAAAUUGAAGAGAGAAAAAGGCGAAACGGAGAGAUUGCGACUGCCCCCCUGGCUUAAAACAACUAUACCUACAGGUGCAAAGUUCAGUGAAGUCAAGAAACAGUUGAGGGAGUUAAAAUUGAGUACAGUAUGCGAAGAGGCUCGGUGUCCAAAUAUCGGGGAGUGCUGGAGUGGAGGCAAGAAUGGCACCUCUACUGCUACAAUUAUGUUGAUGGGAGACACUUGCACUCGUGGCUGCAUGUUUUGCUCGGUGAAAACGUCGCGCGCACCGCCGCCUCUCGAUGCUGACGAACCGCGGAACACUGCCAUCGCCGUCAACAAGUGGGGGCUCGGGUAUAUUGUGCUGACAUCCGUCGACAGGGACGAUCUGUCCGAUGGAGGUUCCACACAUUUCGCUGAAACCGUGGAAGAAAUCAAGAGACAGAACAAGGAGAUCCUGGUGGAAUGCCUGGUGCCGGAUUUCCGUGGCAACCGCGACAGCAUACGGCGCAUAGCCGAGUGCGGGCUGGAUGUGUUCGCGCACAAUAUUGAGACCGUCGAGCGAUUGACACCUUUUGUGAGAGAUCCAAGAGCUGGGUAUCGACAAACGUUGAAAGUUUUGGAGACUGCGAAGGAGUUCAAUCCAGAGUUGGUGACCAAGACUUCUAUCAUGCUGGGGCUCGGCGAGACAGAUGAACAAGUGCAGCAGACCAUGAAAGAUCUCCGUGCCGUAGGCGUAGACUGCUUAACACUCGGCCAAUACAUGCAGCCGACCAAAAAGCAUCUAAAAGUGUUCGAAUACGUAACACCCACGAAAUUCAAGCAAUGGGAAGACAAAGGGGCAGAAUUGGGCUUCUUGUACACAGCCAGUGGACCUCUAGUACGUUCCUCGUACAGAGCCGGGGAAUUCUUCAUAGCAAGCUUACUACGAGACAGAAAAACUGGCAGGCAAUGACCGACAGAUGGCGCUGUUUAGUUCUGCAAAAGCAUAACAGAUGGCGCAGUCCGUUGUAGUACAAAGGAAAACUGAUAGAUGGCGUUGUUAUUAAUCACUUUGUAGCUAGUAGUUCCGUGUAUUGCUGUUAGAUGGCAAUGUAAAUAAUAUCUAUGGUUAAGUUUAUAAAAGAGUUUGAUU